ACCCUCCUCCUCCUCUUCAACCUUUAGGGCAUGAACUCUGUUUUCACUUUUCUUCGCUCACACGGAGAACCGAGCUGACAAGCGGAGCUGAGAGAUACAAGACAUGUUUUUUCCCGUUCCACCACAAGAGCUGUAACGACCGACGUGUGUGACAGAGUUGCGUUUAUGGACAUGCUUACAUCGCUCCGUUUCUGUGAGGUGACUCGAACCAGAUGAAGCCUCGUGUGAGAUGAUCAGGAUGAAGUCCUCACGGAGCUUCAUCUUUUUUAUCUGUCCCGUCAUGGUAGUGAUAUUCCUCUAUUAUUCGUCUUUCAAAAUGCACCUACGGAGCCCAGUCCAGAAAUCUCAGGCUGAUUUGGAUAGGCUUCUCUCCGCGGGACGAGUAGUAGCCACAGAAUACGACAAGCAGGGAUUCCUUACCGAGCCUGACAGAAAACUGCCUCUGGAGCUGCAGUAUAAAUUUGAUAAUCUCAGUAAAAGCGAGUGUAAACCGGGUUAUGCAGAGGCCAAGAUGACUUCAAUCUAUCCAAAGUUUGCAAAACCUGCCCCCAUGUUCCUCGAUCCAAGUUUCAAGCGGCUAUCAAAGAUCAACACUUACGUGCCUCCGUUUGGAGUAAGAACACAAGAAUAUAUCAUUGAUCGCAUUUUAAAAGCUACAAAGAGAUAUUCACUUGGUUCAGAACUUGACAGUAUAAGUUGUAAGAAGUGUAUUAUCAUUGGCAACGGAGGCAUUCUGUCCAACAAGUCCCUGGGAUCCCAAAUCGAUCAGUAUGAUGUUGUUGUACGACUGAACGGGGCUCCAGUCGCCGGGUUCGAGAAGGACGUGGGCUCGAAGACCACCAUGCGUAUCACAUAUCCCGAAGGAGCCAUCCAGAGACUGGAGCGCUACGAGAAGAGCUCGCUUUUCGUCUUAUCUGCCUUUAAACCCAUGGACUUCAGAUGGCUGCGUCACAUGGUGCUUAAUGAAAAGAUGUGGAUAACGGAGGGAUUCUGGAAGUCUGUGGCACGUGUCGUUCCCAGAGAGCCAGAAGACAUGCGCAUCCUGAACCCGUAUUUCAUCCAGGAAGCUGCUUUCAAAUUCAUCGGCCUUCCACACAACAAUGGCAUCAUGGGAAUAGGGAAUAUUCCUACAUUGGGGACUGUUGCGAUUACGAUGGCUCUUCAUAACUGUGAUGAGGUGGCGGUGGCUGGAUUCGGAUAUGACAUGAGCACACCUUACGCACCUCUGCACUACUACGAGAAACUCAGGAUGUCUGCAAUCAAAGAGUCAUGGACACACAACAUAACCAAAGAAAAAGAGUUUCUACGAAAGCUGGUGAAGGGUGGCGUCAUACAGGAUCUGACGCACGGGAUCUGAUGUCACAUCCUCGUCAUGCAGCGGAUAGAUAGUAUUCACCAUAUCACUGGUGUACGGCAUCCCAGCCGAUGGACUCGCACGAACACGAGCCGUCAAAUGUCCAGAGAUGUUUGAGCCAAUCGCAUGAGGCCACCAGAGGAAGUGACCUCACUUCAUAUGCUAGAUGGUAUCCAUGGCAACUUCAACUCAAAUAUGGUAAUGCUUGUGUUAAGAUGCCACGUAGAUGAGAAAGAGUGCAUCCCUGUGUGCCACGGCGCCCGACAGAGACCGGAAACGUGCUGCUUUCUCCUGUUUUUUUACUCCACUGUAUUCAGUAUUUAUUAGACAGUAUUUUAAUCAUGUCAUUUAAGAUGCUUUAUUUUUGAAGCCAAGUCAGCUUGAUUGCUUUAAUAUUGUUCUCUUCAAUCUCAAGCAAUGCACAGCAGCACACAACAAAUGUUUGUCACUGUUGAUUUUCUGCUGCUCAGCUUCCACUUGUUUCCUGC